GGUACGCAUGUCCUAGUCUAGUCCCGAGCUAUUGACAAUCGACAAUUGCAAGUUGGGAAAGAAAUUGUCGCGGAGGCACGUCAUUGCGCUGUCUAUCACAUGUCAACGCCCACCACCCUCCUCCAAGAUCAUUCAUACGACUUUCCUCGCUGAUCACCACUCACUACAACUACUCGAAGAGAACCAUCGACGCAAGUGACAGAUCACUUGAAAUUGCCCAAUUGACUCACAAUGGAGCACCCAGUCCGCGAAAUACCAGAGGUCAUCACCAACCUCACAACAGGCUCCCCAGAGGUCCAGUCCCAUACUCUCCAAACAUACUUCACAUCCGACGCCAGCUUCACGCAUCCAUUCUGCCGCGUCCCCUCCCUCCGCAAGGGCACAAUCCCUCUCCUGCACUGGGUAGACUCGCGAUGGCUCAUCCUGGGUAUCUAUCGGUGGUACAGGACCCUCAGUCCCAGUAUCAGCAUCAACAUCGACUCAGCAGUGUUUGACCAGAAAACCGGCCUCCUCUACGUCACAAUCAACCAGACAUUCGCCCUCUGGUUCGUCCCGUUCUACAAGGCGCCCGUCCGGCUCGUCAGCGUGCUGCGCCUGACGCAGCGCCAGCAGCCGCCGCCGCCCAGCAACGCCCACGCGGCGGCCAUCGACCACGACAAGGGCAAGUACUACAUUGCCAGCCAGGAGGAUCUGUACCAGGUCAACGACUUUAUCAACUUUCUGAUGCCUGGCUUCGGGCCGGCGCUGUGGUGGCUCUGGCAGGUCUUCAGUGCGCUCCUCUGUGUUGUCGGGUCGCUGGUGUUCCUGCCGCUGUAUUUCGUCAUGAAUUGAGCGCCAGGCGGAUGUCUGUAAGGCAUCUUUGCGAGGAUAAAGAUACCGUCCAAGUAGUGGUAAUGGUGCCAUGCGGACAUGGUAAUGAUAUUAAUAUAAAUAU